UUCAUACUGCCAUGUUUAAACAAGACUCACGGUCAGCUGGAGCCUCCUCCUCUUUUUCCUCCAACCUGAUGGCUCAGUUCUGUCUCACCUUAUUUCGGAAACACGGAAGAAAAGAAGUCACUGAAGGCACAGCGUGCAGUCUUGAAAACUGAUUCCCACCAAACAAUAGCCAAGGCCUCUACCGGAACAUUCAAGAAGAACCUGAUAUUUGGAAGCCGUUAUGUUUCGAAAAUUCUAACAGACUUAAACAGAAACCAAGGCUCUCGAUUGUUCAAUUUUUGGCUCGCAUCCCCAGCCUGACACCAUGAAUAUCUCACUUGAGAACCCCUACGGGGAUGUCACCAUCCCUCGUGCCAAGCUGCGGGAUCAGCCUGACUCCAGCACCAUCAUCAUCAACCCGAUGGCUUUAGAGAGCACCUACAAAAACCACAACUCUUCCUUAAACCCCUAUAGCAGCUUCAAAACCCCAGGGGAGAGCAACGCCUCUAGUGUGCCAGUUUAUGGAGAGGCCAGGAAUGGCCAGAACCCCUCUGCAUACAACAACCAGCCAGGUUACACCGUGAAGGAGAGCGAGGAGCAGGUGGGACGCUGUUAUGCCUGCUGCUGCCGCUGCCGGAGAAGGAAGUGAGAGCAGAUUUCCCAGUGGGUUUUGCUAUUGAUUUUGGAACAAUUCUAAAGUGACUGGAUUAUGUAAUCCUGGAGUUACGUGGUUUGAACAAAAAACAAGAGCUGACUGCACUGAAACCUAUUUUAAUAAUAAAUAUUUACUUUUGGAUCACCAUGUCAAAUAUUUGCUUUGUUAAAUUGGCACAGUUGGAUCUUAUCGAGACACUUUGAAGCAGAUUUACCUUUGUGCGCCUCAUACAAUGGCGUACUUCGAUAUUCCCCUGCAUUGUUCUUGCACAGUUACUUUAAAGUCUUGAUUUCAAUCGAUUGUUAAUGGAGUGUUUCUAUAAAAUGACGCCCAACAGGGUUUUAAGUAAGGUGAGUUCUCUUGUCAAAAUGUCCCGCCAGGAUCGCCUGAGUUUUGAUUCGGUUUAUGGAGCCACACCCUGACGUUCCAUCAGACGCAGGUCAGUGAAACUCGAGGAAGAGCCCUCAAUCUUGCUCAGAAGGAUAAACAAUGGGACAGUGUCAACUUGUCCUUGAGAAUGAGUGUUGUGCCAUCUGAGUUUCUAUUGAACAAGCUUUUCUGGUUGCUGUAGACAUUCCGCUGACACCUACCUCGUGUCUUGGAUUGUUUAAGAGACUGCUGAGUGGAACAUUAAACAUGUAUAGUACUAAUAUUAUUUUAUGGAUGAGCAAUAUUAUGGUAGUUGCAUUUAAAACAAUGGGGCAAGGACACUUGUGAGCCUGACUUUUGAAAGUAUGCACAUGUUUGUUUGGAUUUCUGUAUAUGUUACUUGGCACAAUGGUCAAUCUAUUUUUUGAUAUAUAAAAUCACUUCCGACACUAUAAACGUAAAUAUAAAAGUC